UUUUUUUCAUCCUUCUCUACCAAAUAAUACAUUAAUUUUCAGUACAAUGGAAUCCAAAAAUGCAAUCCUCAUCCUUGGCCUAUUGGCCAUGGUUCUUCUUAUUUCCUCAGAGGUGUCAGCUAGGGACUUAACUGAGACAUCCACUAAUGCCAAAGAGGAGGUUGUUGAACAGUCAAAUGAAGUAAAUGAUGCCAAAUAUGGAGGUUACGGCCGUGGUGGCGGUUACCACAACGGUGGAAGUGGUUACAACAACGGUGGCGGUUACCACAAUGGAGGAGGUGGUUACAACAAGGGUGGCGGUUACCACAAUGGUGGAGGUGGUUACAACAAUGGUGGCGGUUACCAUAAUGGUGGAGGUGGUUACAAUGGUGGUGGUGGUUACCAUAACGGUGGUGGUGGUGGUUACCGUGGUGGAGGUGGACAUGGUGGACAUGGAGGUGCUUCCAACAACGGUAACUGAUAAUAUCAACGUCCUCAGUAAUAAAUAUCAUGAACUAAUAAUGUUGAGUGUGAAAAAAAAAAAAAAAAAAAAGAGGUAUAGAUAGAUAGACAUGAAUCUUUUAUGGUUAUGUAUUAUCUAUCUUGCAACUCUAUAGUAUAGUUAUUUCACAACUCUAUAAAUCACUAUGUAUAAGUUAUGAUGAGUUUUAUUUCGGACCAAAGUGGUGAAUCUGUACUUAUCAUGUGUAAUAUAUCAAAUUUCAUCCUUGUUAGUA